AUGACUCCCUUAACAUUUGAGACAGCAUCAGCACCUGAAUCAACCAGUUCCACCAACAUAACAUCGGAACCUUCUGAGACCAUCUCAUUACCCGAACAAACCAGCCCCAAUGACACAGUAACUUCCAGGCCUUCUGAAACCACCUUGGUGUCUGAAUUAACCAGCCCAUCUGAAAUACUAACUUCUGAGCCAGCAUCUGACUCAACUGGUCCAACUGAUUCAGUAACAUCUGAGCAUGCAGAGACAACAUCAGCACCUGAUCCAACCAGUUCCACUGAUGCAACAUCUGCACCCUUCAAGACCACUUCCGUAUCCGAACAAACCACUCCCACUGACACAGUAACUUCCAGUCCUUCUGAGACCACCUUGGUGUCUGAAUCAACCAGUCCAUCUGAAAUCCUAACUUCUGAGCCUGCAUCUGAAUCAACUGCUUCAACUGAUUCAGUAACAACUGAGACUGCAGACACAACAUCUGCACCUGAACCAACCACUUCCAUUGAUGUAACAUCUGCACCCUCAGAGACCACCUCACUACCUGAACAAACCAGUCCCACUGACACAAUGACUUCUGGGAAUUCUGAGACCACCUUGGUACCUGAACUAACCAGUCCAUCUGAAAUACUAACUUCAGAGCCUGUAUCUGACUCAACUGGUCCAACUGAUUCAGUAACAUCUGAGCAUGCAGAGACAACAUCAGCACCUGAUCCAACCAGUUCCACUGAUGCAACAUCUGCACCCUUCGAGACCACUUCCGUAUCCGAAGAAACCAGUCCCACUGACACAGUAACUUCCAGUCCUUCUGAGACCACCUUGGUGUCUGAAUCAACCAGUCCAUCUGAAAUCCUAACUUCUGAGCCUGCAUCUGAAUCAACUGCUUCAACUGAUUCAGUAACAACUGAGACUGCAGACACAACAUCUGCACCUGAACCAACCACUUCCAUUGAUGUAACAUCUGCACCCUCAGAAACCACCUCACUACCUGAACAAACCAGUCCCACUGACACAAUGACUUCUGGGAAUUCUGAGACCACCUUGGUACCUGAACUAACCAGUCCAUCUGAAAUACUAACUUCUGAGCCUGUAUCUGACUCAACUGGUCCAACUGAUUCAGUAACAUCUGAGCCUGCAGAGACAACAUCAGCACCUGAUCCAACCAGUUCCACUGAUGCAACAUCUGCACCCUUCGAGACCACUUCCGUAUCCGAAGAAACCAGUCCCACUGACACAGUAACUUCCAGUCCUUCUGAGACCACCUUGGUGUCUGAAUCAACCAGUCCAUCUGAAAUCCUAACUUCUGAGCCUGCAUCUGAAUCAACUGCUUCAACUGAUUCAGUAACAACUGAGACUGCAGACACAACAUCUGCACCUGAACCAACCACUUCCAUUGAUGUAACAUCUGCACCCUCAGAGACCACCUCACUACCUGAACAAACCAGUCCCACUGACACAAUGACUUCUGGGAAUUCUGAGACCACCUUGGUACCUGAACUAACCAGUCCAUCUGAAAUACUAACUUCUGAGCCUGUAUCUGACUCAACUGGUCCAACUGAUUCAGUAACAUCUGAGCCUGCAGAGACAACAUCAGCACCUGAUCCAACCAGUUCCACUGAUGCAACAUCUGCACCCUUCGAGACCACUUCCGUAUCCGAAGAAACCAGUCCCACUGACACAGUAACUUCCAGUCCUUCUGAGACCACCUUGGUGUCUGAAUCAACCAGUCCAUCUGAAAUCCUAACUUCUGAGCCUGCAUCUGAAUCAACUGCUUCAACUGAUUCAGUAACAACUGAGACUGCAGACACAACAUCUGCACCUGAACCAACCACUUCCAUUGAUGUAACAUCUGCACCCUCAGAGACCACCUCACUACCUGAACAAACCAGUCCCACUGACACAAUGACUUCUGGGAAUUCUGAGACCACCUUGGUACCUGAACUAACCAGUCCAUCUGAAAUACUAACUUCAGAGCCUGUAUCUGACUCAACUGGUCAAACUGAUUCAGUAACAUCUGAGCCUGCAGAGACAACAUCAGCACCUGAUCCAACCAGUUCCACUGAUGCAACAUCUGCACCCUUCGAGACCACUUCCGUAUCCGAAGAAACCAGUCCCACUGACACAGUAACUUCCAGUCCUUCUGAGACCACCUUGGUGUCUGAAUCAACCAGUCCAUCUGAAAUCCUAACUUCUGAGCCUGCAUCUGAAUCAACUGCUUCAACUGAUUCAGUAACAACUGAGACUGCAGACACAACAUCUGCACCUGAACCAACCACUUCCAUUGAUGUAACAUCUGCACCCUCAGAGACCACCUCACUACCUGAACAAACCAGUCCCACUGACACAAUGACUUCUGGGAAUUCUGAGACCACCUUGGUACCUGAACUAACCAGUCCAUCUGAAAUACUAACUUCAGAGCCUGUAUCUGACUCAACUGGUCAAACUGAUUCAGUAACAUCUGAGCCUGCAGAGACAACAUCAGCACCUGAUCCAACCAGUUCCACUGAUGCAACAUCUGCACCCUUCGAGACCACUUCCGUAUCCGAAGAAACCAGCCCCACUGACACAGUAACUUCCAGUCCUUCUGAGACCACCUUGGUGUCUGAAUCAACCAGUCCAUCUGAAAUCCUAACUUCUGAGCCUGCAUCUGAAUCAACUGCUUCAACUGAUUCAGUAACAACUGAGACUGCAGACACAACAUCUGCACCUGAACCAACCACUUCCAUUGAUGUAACAUCUGCACCCUCAGAGACCACCUCACUACCUGAACAAACCAGUCCCACUGACACAAUGACUUCUGGGAAUUCUGAGACCACCUUGGUACCUGAACUAACCAGUCAAUCUGAAAUACUAACUUCAGAGCCUGUAUCUGACUCAACUGGUCAAACUGAUUCAGUAACAUCUGAGCCUGCAGAGACAACAUCAGCACCUGAUCCAACCAGUUCCACUGAUGCAACAUCUGCACCCUUCGAGACCACUUCCGUAUCCGAAGAAACCAGUCCCACUGACACAGUAACUUCCAGUCCUUCUGAGACCACCUUGGUGUCUGAAUCAACCAGUCCAUCUGAAAUCCUAACUUCUGAGCCUGCAUCUGAAUCAACUGCUUCAACUGAUUCAGUAACAACUGAGACUGCAGACACAACAUCUGCACCUGAACCAACCACUUCCAUUGAUGUAACAUCUGCACCCUCAGAGACCACCUCACUACCUGAACAAACCAGUCCCACUGACACAAUGACUUCUGGGAAUUCUGAGACCACCUUGGUACCUGAACUAACCAGUCCAUCUGAAAUACUAACUUCUGAGCCUGUAUCUGACUCAACUGGUCCAACUGAUUCAGUAACAUCUGAGCCUGCAGAGACAACAUCAGCACCUGAUCCAACCAGUUCCACUGAUGCAACAUCUGCACCCUUCGAGACCACUUCCGUAUCCGAAGAAACCAGUCCCACUGACACAGUAACUUCCAGUCCUUCUGAGACCACCUUGGUGUCUGAAUCAACCAGUCCAUCUGAAAUCCUAACUUCUGAGCCUGCAUCUGAAUCAACUGCUUCAACUGAUUCAGUAACAACUGAGACUGCAGACACAACAUCUGCACCUGAACCAACCACUUCCAUUGAUGUAACAUCUGCACCCUCAGAGACCACCUCACUACCUGAACAAACCAGUCCCACUGACACAAUGACUUCUGGGAAUUCUGAGACCACCUUGGUACCUGAACUAACCAGUCCAUCUGAAAUACUAACUUCAGAGCCUGUAUCUGACUCAACUGGUCAAACUGAUUCAGUAACAUCUGAGCCUGCAGAGACAACAUCAGCACCUGAUCCAACCAGUUCCACUGAUGCAACAUCUGCACCCUUCGAGACCACUUCCGUAUCCGAAGAAACCAGCCCCACUGACACAGUAACUUCCAGUCCUUCUGAGACCACCUUGGUGUCUGAAUCAACCAGUCCAUCUGAAAUCCUAACUUCUGAGCCUGCAUCUGAAUCAACUGCUUCAACUGAUUCAGUAACAACUGAGACUGCAGACACAACAUCUGCACCUGAACCAACCACUUCCAUUGAUGUAACAUCUGCACCCUCAGAGACCACCUCACUACCUGAACAAACCAGUCCCACUGACACAAUGACUUCUGGGAAUUCUGAGACCACCUUGGUACCUGAACUAACCAGUCAAUCUGAAAUACUAACUUCAGAGCCUGUAUCUGACUCAACUGGUCAAACUGAUUCAGUAACAUCUGAGCCUGCAGAGACAACAUCAGCACCUGAUCCAACCAGUUCCACUGAUGCAACAUCUGCACCCUUCGAGACCACUUCCGUAUCCGAAGAAACCAGUCCCACUGACACAGUAACUUCCAGUCCUUCUGAGACCACCUUGGUGUCUGAAUCAACCAGUCCAUCUGAAAUCCUAACUUCUGAGCCUGCAUCUGAAUCAACUGCUUCAACUGAUUCAGUAACAACUGAGACUGCAGACACAACAUCUGCACCUGAACCAACCACUUCCAUUGAUGUAACAUCUGCACCCUCAGAGACCACCUCACUACCUGAACAAACCAGUCCCACUGACACAAUGACUUCUGGGAAUUCUGAGACCACCUUGGUACCUGAACUAACCAGUCAAUCUGAAAUACUAACUUCUGAGCCUGUAUCUGACUCAACUGGUCCAACUGAUUCAGUAACAUCUGAGCAUGCAGAGACAACAUCAGCACCUGAUCCAACCAGUUCCACUGAUGCAACAUCUGCACCCUUCGAGACCACUUCCGUAUCCGAAGAAACCAGUCCCACUGACACAGUAACUUCCAGUCCUUCUGAGACCACCUUGGUGUCUGAAUCAACCAGUCCAUCUGAAAUCCUAACUUCUGAGCCUGCAUCUGAAUCAACUGCUUCGACUGAUUCAGUAACAACUGAGACUGCAGACACAACAUCUGCACCUGAACCAACCACUUCCAUUGAUGUAACAUCUGCACCCUCAGAGACCACCUCACUACCUGAACAAACCAGUCCCACUGACACAAUGACUUCUGGGAAUUCUGAGACCACCUUGGUACCUGAACUAACCAGUCCAUCUGAAAUACUAACUUCUGAGCCUGUAUCUGACUCAACUGGUCCAACUGAUUCAGUAACAUCUGAGCCUGCAGAGACAACAUCAGCACCUGAUCCAACCAGUUCCACUGAUGCAACAUCUGCACCCUUCGAGACCACUUCCGUAUCCGAAGAAACCAGUCCCACUGACACAGUAACUUCCAGUCCUUCUGAGACCACCUUGGUGUCUGAAUCAACCAGUCCAUCUGAAAUCCUAACUUCUGAGCCUGCAUCUGAAUCAACUGCUUCAACUGAUUCAGUAACAACUGAGACUGCAGACACAACAUCUGCACCUGAACCAACCACUUCCAUUGAUGUAACAUCUGCACCCUCAGAGACCACCUCACUACCUGAACAAACCAGUCCCACUGACACAAUGACUUCUGGGAAUUCUGAGACCACCUUGGUACCUGAACUAACCAGUCCAUCUGAAAUACUAACUUCAGAGCCUGUAUCUGACUCAACUGGUCAAACUGAUUCAGUAACAUCUGAGCAUGCAGAGACAACAUCAGCACCUGAUCCAACCAGUUCCACUGAUGCAACAUCUGCACCCUUCGAGACCACUUCCGUAUCCGAAGAAACCAGUCCCACUGACACAGUAACUUCCAGUCCUUCUGAGACCACCUUGGUGUCUGAAUCAACCAGUCCAUCUGAAAUCCUAACUUCUGAGCCUGCAUCUGAAUCAACUGCUUCGACUGAUUCAGUAACAACUGAGACUGCAGACACAACAUCUGCACCUGAACCAACCACUUCCAUUGAUGUAACAUCUGCACCCUCAGAGACCACCUCACUACCUGAACAAACCAGUCCCACUGACACAAUGACUUCUGGGAAUUCUGAGACCACCUUGGUACCUGAACUAACCAGUCCAUCUGAAAUACUAACUUCUGAGCCUGUAUCUGACUCAACUGGUCCAACUGAUUCAGUAACAUCUGAGCCUGCAGAGACAACAUCAGCACCUGAUCCAACCAGUUCCACUGAUGCAACAUCUGCACCCUUCGAGACCACUUCCGUAUCCGAAGAAACCAGUCCCACUGACACAGUAACUUCCAGUCCUUCUGAGACCACCUUGGUGUCUGAAUCAACCAGUCCAUCUGAAAUCCUAACUUCUGAGCCUGCAUCUGAAUCAACUGCUUCAACUGAUUCAGUAACAACUGAGACUGCAGACACAACAUCUGCACCUGAACCAACCACUUCCAUUGAUGUAACAUCUGCACCCUCAGAGACCACCUCACUACCUGAACAAACCAGUCCCACUGACACAAUGACUUCUGGGAAUUCUGAGACCACCUUGGUACCUGAACUAACCAGUCCAUCUGAAAUACUAACUUCAGAGCCUGUAUCUGACUCAACUGGUCAAACUGAUUCAGUAACAUCUGAGCCUGCAGAGACAACAUCAGCACCUGAUCCAACCAGUUCCACUGAUGCAACAUCUGCACCCUUCGAGACCACUUCCGUAUCCGAAGAAACCAGUCCCACUGACACAGUAACUUCCAGUCCUUCUGAGACCACCUUGGUGUCUGAAUCAACCAGUCCAUCUGAAAUCCUAACUUCUGAGCCUGCAUCUGAAUCAACUGCUUCAACUGAUUCAGUAACAACUGAGACUGCAGACACAACAUCUGCACCUGAACCAACCACUUCCAUUGAUGUAACAUCUGCACCCUCAGAGACCACCUCACUACCUGAACAAACCAGUCCCACUGACACAGUAACUUCCAGUCCUUCUGAGACCACCUUGGUACCUGAACUAACCAGUCCAUCUGAAAUACUAACUUCUGAGCCUGUAUCUGACUCAACUGGUCCAACUGAUUCAGUAACAUCUGAGCCUGCAGAGACAACAUCAGCACCUGAUCCAACCAGUUCCACUGAUGCAACAUCUGCACCCUUCGAGACCACUUCCGUAUCCGAAGAAACCAGUCCCACUGACACAGUAACUUCCAGUCCUUCUGAGACCACCUUGGUGUCUGAAUCAACCAGUCCAUCUGAAAUCCUAACUUCUGAGCCUGCAUCUGAAUCAACUGCUUCAACUGAUUCAGUAACAACUGAGACUGCAGACACAACAUCUGCACCUGAACCAACCACUUCCAUUGAUGUAACAUCUGCACCCUCAGAGACCACCUCACUACCUGAACAAACCAGUCCCACUGACACAAUGACUUCUGGGAAUUCUGAGACCACCUUGGUACCUGAACUAACCAGUCCAUCUGAAAUACUAACUUCAGAGCCUGUAUCUGACUCAACUGGUCAAACUGAUUCAGUAACAUCUGAGCCUGCAGAGACAACAUCAGCACCUGAUCCAACCAGUUCCACUGAUGCAACAUCUGCACCCUUCGAGACCACUUCCGUAUCCGAAGAAACCAGUCCCACUGACACAGUAACUUCCAGUCCUUCUGAGACCACCUUGGUGUCUGAAUCAACCAGUCCAUCUGAAAUCCUAACUUCUGAGCCUGCAUCUGAAUCAACUGCUUCAACUGAUUCAGUAACAACUGAGACUGCAGACACAACAUCUGCACCUGAACCAACCACUUCCAUUGAUGUAACAUCUGCACCCUCAGAGACCACCUCACUACCUGAACAAACCAGUCCCACUGACACAAUGACUUCUGGGAAUUCUGAGACCACCUUGGUACCUGAACUAACCAGUCCAUCUGAAAUCCUAACUUCAGAGCCUGUAUCUGACUCAACUGGUCAAACUGAUUCAGUAACAUCUGAGCCUGCAGAGACAACAUCAGCACCUGAUCCAACCAGUUCCACUGAUGCAACAUCUGCACCCUUCGAGACCACUUCCGUAUCCGAAGAAACCAGCCCCACUGACACAGUAACUUCCAGUCCUUCUGAGACCACCUUGGUGUCUGAAUCAACCAGUCCAUCUGAAAUCCUAACUUCUGAGCCUGCAUCUGAAUCAACUGCUUCAACUGAUUCAGUAACAACUGAGACUGCAGACACAACAUCUGCACCUGAACCAACCACUUCCAUUGAUGUAACAUCUGCACCCUCAGAGACCACCUCACUACCUGAACAAACCAGUCCCACUGACACAAUGACUUCUGGGAAUUCUGAGACCACCUUGGUACCUGAACUAACCAGUCAAUCUGAAAUACUAACUUCAGAGCCUGUAUCUGACUCAACUGGUCAAACUGAUUCAGUAACAUCUGAGCCUGCAGAGACAACAUCAGCACCUGAUCCAACCAGUUCCACUGAUGCAACAUCUGCACCCUUCGAGACCACUUCCGUAUCCGAAGAAACCAGUCCCACUGACACAGUAACUUCCAGUCCUUCUGAGACCACCUUGGUGUCUGAAUCAACCAGUCCAUCUGAAAUCCUAACUUCUGAGCCUGCAUCUGAAUCAACUGCUUCAACUGAUUCAGUAACAACUGAGACUGCAGACACAACAUCUGCACCUGAACCAACCACUUCCAUUGAUGUAACAUCUGCACCCUCAGAGACCACCUCACUACCUGAACAAACCAGUCCCACUGACACAAUGACUUCUGGGAAUUCUGAGACCACCUUGGUACCUGAACUAACCAGUCAAUCUGAAAUACUAACUUCUGAGCCUGUAUCUGACUCAACUGGUCCAACUGAUUCAGUAACAUCUGAGCAUGCAGAGACAACAUCAGCACCUGAUCCAACCAGUUCCACUGAUGCAACAUCUGCACCCUUCGAGACCACUUCCGUAUCCGAAGAAACCAGUCCCACUGACACAGUAACUUCCAGUCCUUCUGAGACCACCUUGGUGUCUGAAUCAACCAGUCCAUCUGAAAUCCUAACUUCUGAGCCUGCAUCUGAAUCAACUGCUUCAACUGAUUCAGUAACAACUGAGACUGCAGACACAACAUCUGCACCUGAACCAACCACUUCCAUUGAUGUAACAUCUGCACCCUCAGAGACCACCUCACUACCUGAACAAACCAGUCCCACUGACACAAUGACUUCUGGGAAUUCUGAGACCACCUUGGUACCUGAACUAACCAGUCCAUCUGAAAUACUAACUUCAGAGCCUGUAUCUGACUCAACUGGUCAAACUGAUUCAGUAACAUCUGAGCCUGCAGAGACAACAUCAGCACCUGAUCCAACCAGUUCCACUGAUGCAACAUCUGCACCCUUCGAGACCACUUCCGUAUCCGAAGAAACCAGUCCCACUGACACAGUAACUUCCAGUCCUUCUGAGACCACCUUGGUGUCUGAAUCAACCAGUCCAUCUGAAAUCCUAACUUCUGAGCCUGCAUCUGAAUCAACUGCUUCAACUGAUUCAGUAACAACUGAGACUGCAGACACAACAUCUGCACCUGAACCAACCACUUCCAUUGAUGUAACAUCUGCACCCUCAGAGACCACCUCACUACCUGAACAAACCAGUCCCACUGACACAAUGACUUCUGGGAAUUCUGAGACCACCUUGGUACCUGAACUAACCAGUCCAUCUGAAAUACUAACUUCAGAGCCUGUAUCUGACUCAACUGGUCAAACUGAUUCAGUAACAUCUGAGCCUGCAGAGACAACAUCAGCACCUGAUCCAACCAGUUCCACUGAUGCAACAUCUGCACCCUUCGAGACCACUUCCGUAUCCGAAGAAACCAGUCCCACUGACACAGUAACUUCCAGUCCUUCUGAGACCACCUUGGUGUCUGAAUCAACCAGUCCAUCUGAAAUCCUAACUUCUGAGCCUGCAUCUGAAUCAACUGCUUCAACUGAUUCAGUAACAACUGAGACUGCAGACACAACAUCUGCACCUGAACCAACCACUUCCAUUGAUGUAACAUCUGCACCCUCAGAGACCACCUCACUACCUGAACAAACCAGUCCCACUGACACAAUGACUUCUGGGAAUUCUGAGACCACCUUGGUACCUGAACUAACCAGUCCAUCUGAAAUACUAACUUCAGAGCCUGUAUCUGACUCAACUGGUCAAACUGAUUCAGUAACAUCUGAGCAUGCAGAGACAACAUCAGCACCUGAUCCAACCAGUUCCACUGAUGCAACAUCUGCACCCUUCGAGACCACUUCCGUAUCCGAAGAAACCAGUCCCACUGACACAGUAACUUCCAGUCCUUCUGAGACCACCUUGGUGUCUGAAUCAACCAGUCCAUCUGAAAUCCUAACUUCUGAGCCUGCAUCUGAAUCAACUGCUUCAACUGAUUCAGUAACAACUGAGACUGCAGACACAACAUCUGCACCUGAACCAACCACUUCCAUUGAUGUAACAUCUGCACCCUCAGAGACCACCUCACUACCUGAACAAACCAGUCCCACUGACACAAUGACUUCUGGGAAUUCUGAGACCACCUUGGUACCUGAACUAACCAGUCCAUCUGAAAUACUAACUUCUGAGCCUGUAUCUGACUCAACUGGUCAAACUGAUUCAGUAACAUCUGAGCCUGCAGAGACAACAUCAGCACCUGAUCCAACCAGUUCCACUGAUGCAACAUCUGCACCCUUCGAGACCACUUCCGUAUCCGAAGAAACCAGUCCCACUGACACAGUAACUUCCAGUCCUUCUGAGACCACCUUGGUGUCUGAAUCAACCAGUCCAUCUGAAAUCCUAACUUCUGAGCCUGCAUCUGAAUCAACUGCUUCAACUGAUUCAGUAACAACUGAGACUGCAGACACAACAUCUGCACCUGAACCAACCACUUCCAUUGAUGUAACAUCUGCACCCUCAGAGACCACCUCACUACCUGAACAAACCAGUCCCACUGACACAAUGACUUCUGGGAAUUCUGAAACCACCUUGGUAACUGAACUAACCAGUCCAUCUGAAAUACUAACUUCAGAGCCUGUAUCUGACUCAACUGGUCAAACUGAUUCAGUAACAUCUGAGCCUGCAGAGACAACAUCAGCACCUGAUCCAACCAGUUCCACUGAUGCAACAUCUGCACCCUUCGAGACCACUUCCGUAUCCGAAGAAACCAGUCCCACUGACACAGUAACUUCCAGUCCUUCUGAGACCACCUUGGUGUCUGAAUCAACCAGUCCAUCUGAAAUCCUAACUUCUGAGCCUGCAUCUGAAUCAACUGCUUCAACUGAUUCAGUAACAACUGAGACUGCAGACACAACAUCUGCACCUGAACCAACCACUUCCAUUGAUGUAACAUCUGCACCCUCAGAGACCACCUCACUACCUGAACAAACCAGUCCCACUGACACAAUGACUUCUGGGAAUUCUGAGACCACCUUGGUACCUGAACUAACCAGUCCAUCUGAAAUACUAACUUCAGAGCCUGUAUCUGACUCAACUGGUCAAACUGAUUCAGUAACAUCUGAGCCUGCAGAGACAACAUCAGCACCUGAUCCAACCAGUUCCACUGAUGCAACAUCUGCACCCUUCGAGACCACUUCCGUAUCCGAAGAAACCAGCCCCACUGACACAGUAACUUCCAGUCCUUCUGAGACCACCUUGGUGUCUGAAUCAACCAGUCCAUCUGAAAUCCUAACUUCUGAGCCUGCAUCUGAAUCAACUGCUUCAACUGAUUCAGUAACAACUGAGACUGCAGACACAACAUCUGCACCUGAACCAACCACUUCCAUUGAUGUAACAUCUGCACCCUCAGAGACCACCUCACUACCUGAACAAACCAGUCCCACUGACACAAUGACUUCUGGGAAUUCUGAGACCACCUUGGUACCUGAACUAACCAGUCAAUCUGAAAUACUAACUUCAGAGCCUGUAUCUGACUCAACUGGUCAAACUGAUUCAGUAACAUCUGAGCCUGCAGAGACAACAUCAGCACCUGAUCCAACCAGUUCCACUGAUGCAACAUCUGCACCCUUCGAGACCACUUCCGUAUCCGAAGAAACCAGUCCCACUGACACAGUAACUUCCAGUCCUUCUGAGACCACCUUGGUGUCUGAAUCAACCAGUCCAUCUGAAAUCCUAACUUCUGAGCCUGCAUCUGAAUCAACUGCUUCAACUGAUUCAGUAACAACUGAGACUGCAGACACAACAUCUGCACCUGAACCAACCACUUCCAUUGAUGUAACAUCUGCACCCUCAGAGACCACCUCACUACCUGAACAAACCAGUCCCACUGACACAAUGACUUCUGGGAAUUCUGAGACCACCUUGGUACCUGAACUAACCAGUCCAUCUGAAAUACUAACUUCUGAGCCUGUAUCUGACUCAACUGGUCCAACUGAUUCAGUAACAUCUGAGCCUGCAGAGACAACAUCAGCACCUGAUCCAACCAGUUCCACUGAUGCAACAUCUGCACCCUUCGAGACCACUUCCGUAUCCGAAGAAACCAGUCCCACUGACACAGUAACUUCCAGUCCUUCUGAGACCACCUUGGUGUCUGAAUCAACCAGUCCAUCUGAAAUCCUAACUUCUGAGCCUGCAUCUGAAUCAACUGCUUCAACUGAUUCAGUAACAACUGAGACUGCAGACACAACAUCUGCACCUGAACCAACCACUUCCAUUGAUGUAACAUCUGCACCCUCAGAAACCACCUCACUACCUGAACAAACCAGUCCCACUGACACAAUGACUUCUGGGAAUUCUGAGACCACCUUGGUACCUGAACUAACCAGUCCAUCUGAAAUACUAACUUCUGAGCCUGUAUCUGACUCAACUGGUCCAACUGAUUCAGUAACAUCUGAGCAUGCAGAGACAACAUCAGCACCUGAUCCAACCAGUUCCACUGAUGCAACAUCUGCACCCUUCGAGACCACUUCCGUAUCCGAAGAAACCAGUCCCACUGACACAGUAACUUCCAGUCCUUCUGAGACCACCUUGGUGUCUGAAUCAACCAGUCCAUCUGAAAUCCUAACUUCUGAGCCUGCAUCUGAAUCAACUGCUUCAACUGAUUCAGUAACAACUGAGACUGCAGACACAACAUCUGCACCUGAACCAACCACUUCCAUUGAUGUAACAUCUGCACCCUCAGAGACCACCUCACUACCUGAACAAACCAGUCCCACUGACACAAUGACUUCUGGGAAUUCUGAGACCACCUUGGUACCUGAACUAACCAGUCCAUCUGAAAUACUAACUUCUGAGCCUGUAUCUGACUCAACUGGUCAAACUGAUUCAGUAACAUCUGAGCCUGCAGAGACAACAUCAGCACCUGAUCCAACCAGUUCCACUGAUGCAACAUCUGCACCCUUCGAGACCACUUCCGUAUCCGAAGAAACCAGUCCCACUGACACAGUAACUUCCAGUCCUUCUGAGACCACCUUGGUGUCUGAAUCAACCAGUCCAUCUGAAAUCCUAACUUCUGAGCCUGCAUCUGAAUCAACUGCUUCAACUGAUUCAGUAACAACUGAGACUGCAGACACAACAUCUGCACCUGAACCAACCACUUCCAUUGAUGUAACAUCUGCACCCUCAGAGACCACCUCACUACCUGAACAAACCAGUCCCACUGACACAAUGACUUCUGGGAAUUCUGAGACCACCUUGGUACCUGAACUAACCAGUCCAUCUGAAAUACUAACUUCAGAGCCUGUAUCUGACUCAACUGGUCCAACUGAUUCAGUAACAUCUGAGCAUGCAGAGACAACAUCAGCACCUGAUCCAACCAGUUCCACUGAUGCAACAUCUGCACCCUUCGAGACCACUUCCGUAUCCGAACAAACCACUCCCACUGACAGAGUAACUUCCAGUCCUUCUGAGACCACCUUGGUGUCUGAAUCAACCAGUCCAUCUGAAAUACUAACUUCUGAGCCAUCAUCUGAUUCAACUGGUCCAACUGAUUCAGUAACAUCUCAGCCUGUAGAGAUAACAUCAGCACCUGAACCAACCAUUUCCACUGAUGCAACAUCUACACCCUUCGAGACCACUUCCGUACCCGAACAAACCAGUCCCACUGACACAGUAACUUCCAGUCCUUCUGAGACCACCUUGGUACCUGAACUAACCAGUCCAUCUGAAAUACUUACUUCUGAGCCUGUAUCUGACUCAACUGGUCCAACUGAUUCAGUAACAUCUGAGCAUGCAGAGACAACAUCAGCACCUGAUCCAACCAGUUCCACUGAUGCAACAUCUGCACCCUUCGAGACCACUUCCGUAUCCGAACAAACCACUCCCACUGACAGAGUAACUUCCAGUCCUUCUGAGACCACCUUGGUGUCUGAAUCAACCAGUCCAUCUGAAAUACUAACUUCUGAGCCAUCAUCUGAUUCAACUGGUCCAACUGAUUCAGUAACAUCUCAGCCUGUAGAGAUAACAUCAGCACCUGAACCAACCAUUUCCACUGAUGCAACAUCUACACCCUUCGAGACCACUUCCGUACCCGAACAAACCAGUCCCACUGACACAGUAACUUCCAGUCCUUCUGAGACCACCUUGGUGUCUGAAUCAACCAGUCCAUCUGAAAUACUUACUUCUGAGCCUGCAUCUGAAUCAGUUGGUUCAACAAUUACACCACCAACAACACCUACCAUGACAACAAUUCAAACAACCACUCGACCAAUCUCAACAGCAGGACCCUGCCAAAAUGGAGGAUAUUUUAAUGGAUUCAACUGUACAUGCCUCCCUGGGUUUAGUGGAAGUUUUUGCCAAUUUGUUGAUACAGUUGAGCCAGAUAAACUCAACAGGUCAGUCGUGGUUAACGUGGUGAUCAAUCAGAAAUAUGAUGAAAGCUAUGACGACAAAACAUCAGCUGUAUACAAAGAGUUUGUGGCAAACUUCACUGAGCGGAUGGAGGAAUAUUACCAGAGACAGAAGAUAGCAAACUUUAAAGAAGUGUUGGUAACUAGUGUCAGCCGUGGAGACUCUUCGGUCAGAUUUUCAGAUAACACUGUGGAAGAGAUGAGAUUAUCAGCUGACGCUAUGGCUAUCUACAGUAUCACAUCAAGAGCAGAAGUUGUUAGUGUCACACAUGAUGUGGUUUUGGCAAUUCCAAACAACAGCAGUGCCGAAGAACUAUAUGUGGAUGACUUAAAAGCAGUUGAGGAGGCUGCUAACAAACUUGUUCAUUGCACAUCAGAUUGUCCUUACAAUAUCACAGCUGAACCCACAGUGAAUGGCACAGAUUUAAAUUUGGAAUCUGUUUGUCAAAGGUUUGUGGAUGAUCCAGAACAUGGCAAGUAUUAUGAAGCUGUGUCUGUUGAUGGAGCAAUUACGUGUGUGACUGUAUGUAACAGUCACCAUUCACAUCCUAAAACAUGCUACAACAACGGAAACUGCAGAGUGUACAGGGAUAUUGGACCUCUUUGCGAGUGUCAAAAUGUGAAUGACACUUGGUAUUUGGGUAAUGACUGUCGACUGCCUAUACAGAGGACUGCUUUCUAUGUUGGGUUAAGUGUGACCCUUGCUUGUCUCAUCGUGACUGUGGGAGCCUUGACCGCAUACGUGCUGAUCAACAAACAUAAGCAAACACGGAGAAGAGACAUUAAAAAGAAGCUGGUGAACCAGUGGCUGAAUGAGGACGUUGAGUGGUCCAGAUCAAACAGCUCGGCUGACACAUAUAAUUCUGGAGAUUACAGAAACCCUUCUUUUACAAAUGAUGAAUCAGCCAGCCACAGAGAGGACCCAGGUGAUUACAGACAACCUGUACCUGUCUACCAGCCGACUCGACCAUCAUCACAAACAGCACCCAGACACAAUACUCCAUUUUCUAACAUUGAACACCCACAGUUUGCCAGCCCAGCCCUACCCCACAGGGACAUCUCCUCCAACCAGCUGAUGAGGAUCAGCAGGCCUCAGAUUAGGUCAUCCAUUGAUGUCUGAGCAGUGCAAUGAAAACUGAGUCUCAACUGUUUGGUUUAUUGAUCUUUUAAACUGACAGCAAGCAAAAUUGCUAAUAUAUAUGCAAUAUUUAAAUUUAUAUUUAUAUAAAUAAUAUUUAUUCUAGCAAGCAGUCAUGUUCUGUUUUGUGUUUACUGAAACUGUGUCAGAGAGGAGUUGAUUGAUCUCUAUGGUCAUUUAUGGUGUUGUGUUGGGAUGCAUUAAACUGAAAAAAAUUUCUAACAGUUUAGGGGGCAGAGUAUAAGUAACACCUCUCAGCUGUUAACUUAGCCUACAGUGAACCGCCCCUAUUGGAAUUCCUAUGUGGAGGAAGUACAGAUGCUCACCUCUGUCAGCCAAUGAUGAUAGAAAUCUGAGACAGCAGUGGGACAUAGUAAGAUAUUGUGAUUUUGCGCAAUUAUAGCUGCUUUGGCUUUUAUACUU